AUGAACGGAUCAUCCGUAGAGAGAACCGGGUCGACCCGUUUAUCGAUUAACGCAGGGUCGAACGAACAUGCGAGGUUUCCUCCAAGAGGUUGGAAUUCGUAUGAUUCAUUUUGUUGGACUAUCUCUGAAGCUGAGUUCUUGCAAAGUGCUGAAAUCGUCUCCAAGCGUCUUCUUCCUCAUGGAUAUCAAUAUGUUGUGGUGGAUUACCUUUGGUAUAGAAAGAAAGUUGAAGGUGCUGGUGUAGACUCUCUUGGGUUUGAUGUGAUUGAUGAAUGGGGAAGGAUGCAUCCUGAUCCUUUAAGAUGGCCAUCUUCUAAAGGCGGUAAAGGUUUCACCCAAGUCGCUGAGAAAGUUCAUAGAAUGGGUUUGAAGUUUGGGGUUCAUGUUAUGGGAGGAAUAAGCACACAGGCUUACAACGCUAAUACACUUGUUAUGGAUAGUGUUAAGGGAGGUGCUUAUGAGGAAUCGGGUAGACAGUGGCGGGCGAAAGAUAUUGGGAUCAAGGAGAAGGCUUGUGUGUGGAUGUCACAUGGGUUCAUGAGUGUGAAUACAAAGCUAGGUGCAGGAAAAGCUUUCUUGAGGUCUCUUUAUCGACAAUAUGCUGAAUGGGGCGUUGAUUUCAUAAAACAUGACUGCGUAUUUGGCGAUGAUUUCAACAUAGAGGAGAUAACUUUUGUGUCAGAGGUUCUGAAGGAGCUUGAUCGUCCUGUUUUGUACUCUAUAUCUCCAGGGACGAGUGUGACACCUACAAUGGCUAAAGAAGUUAGUCAAUUUGUCAAUAUGUACAGAAUAACAGGUGAUGAUUGGGACACAUGGAAAGACGUAGUGUCACAUUUCGAUAUCUCGAGGGAUUUAUCUGCUUCUAGUAUGAUCGGUGCACAAGGAUUACAAGGAAAAUCAUGGCCUGAUCUCGAUAUGUUACCUCUUGGAUGGCUUACUGAUCAAGGUUUGAACAUCGGACCUCAUCGAGCGUGCAAACUUAAUAUGGAAGAACAAAAGACGCAGAUGACAUUGUGGUCUAUCGCAAAGUCCCCUCUCAUGUAUGGAGGUGAUGUGAGAAAGCUUGAUGACGCUACUUAUAAUCUAAUCACAAAUCCUACACUACUGGAAAUAAACUCUUAUAGCUCUAAUAACAAGGAGUUUCCUUACAUCACCGCGACAAAGGUAUCUCAGAGUAAGCAAAAAGGCCAUCCAAGUCGUUCAACGGACAAGACCAUUUCAACUAAACGUGCCUUUGGUCUCACUAGCUGCAAAGAACCGAAAGCCAACACUUGGUCCAUUGUAGACAAGAACAGUGGACAAAUCUGUUGGAACCAAUACUCUAGAGAAAAGCUGGAGAAGCCCUUUUGCUUAUAUAAUAGAAAAGCUCUUCUAGCUUCCGAUGAGGAGAUAAAACACAACCAGCUUUAUCAAGGUAAGCUUCAUUUACAAACAAGUGUUAAGGCAGAGUCUUGCUUAGGCGCUUCCUCGAAGCAAAAGCUCACUUCAAAAGAUUAUAGUCGAGGUGCGUUAUCACCUUGCAAACUAGAUGCAAACCAGAUGUGGGAGCUCCACAGUAAUGGAACACUAGAAAACAGUUAUUCCGGUCUUUGUGCCGUGUUAAAUCCAGUGAAAGCCGAAGCUAGCUCCAAUGGCGUUCGUUCUUGGAUUGCCACUGGAAGAACAGGAGAAGUAUAUGUCGCGUUUUUCAACUUAAAUCCGGUGAAGACAACGAUAUCAGCCAAGAUUUCAGACAUUGCCAAGGCUCUUCAGAACAAGAAGAAUCUUCAAGGAGCUUCGUGUAAGAGCCACGAGCUAUGGAGCGGGAGAGAUUUCGGACCAACCAAAGAUUCGGUUGCGAUUCAAGUCGAAUCUCAUGGUCCUGCUCUUUUCGUUCUCCAUUGUAGCAAUGCCUGA